CCCUACAGGACUGGAGUUAAACCUGCAAACACUGCAGCUUGAGAGAGUGGAGUUAAACCCACAGACACUGCAGCCCUACAGGACUGGAGUUAAACCUGCAGAAACCGCACCCCCCAGGACUGGAGUUCAACCCCUCUGAGACAGAAGGUUCCGGCAGUGAAAACUCCAUAUGGCAGCAGCGACUAGCUUCACCGAUAAAUAACACAGAAGCGCUGCAGUCUUGUUCCUCUCUGUUAAACUUUAUUGUAUUUUAUUAUUUUUUUGGUUUUGACCAAUCUUGAUGUCCAUCACCUGUGGGCUGACACAUCUCUGGCUAUGGAGAUGAUGUAAUGUGCUUGCGGAACAGUAAAAAUCACUUGAGCACAUCACUGUCGUGUCACGGGUGAUCAAGAAGUCAAGCUGAAGCCGAAAGACAUGGAAUUCAAUUUUAAAGAUAUAUUUUGAGCCGAUGCAUUUAUUUAGGUCUUUUCUCUUCUGUCCUUGAUGGUCAUUAUAUCAGUGUUGGCAACAACUGACAAAAGUUAUAGUUAUUGUUUUAAUAAUAAUAAUAAUAAUAAUAAUAAUAAUAAUAAUAAUAAGUCUUAGGAGCAAAUGGGAUCACAAGUAGUCUUAUUGUGGUCUACAGUAUAAUUCCUAUUUGAUAUGCAUUACGGGUAGGUAGCAAUUCAUUGCAUCUGUGUGUUUUAACUCGUUGAAGAGUAGGUUUAUUUGGAAUGCUUUUUCAUCUAAAAUCCUAAAUCAGUGGUCUGGAAUCUAAAAUUCUAAAUCAGGGUUCUACAGCUCCAUUAGUGAUUGCUACAUAUGCAUUAGAAUGUUCGGUCAAGAACAUUCGCAUCGUAUUGAUUAUUUGUUUUUUAAAAGUUUUUUUUUUCGUUGUAGAAACUGCUGUUGCGAAUGCAAAGGUAGGACAACAUCGAUACAUUUACCUACCGCUCCACAGCUGCUGAAUUUACUUGGAGAGCCAGACAAUGAAUGCUAGCUAGAUAUAUUAAAGCUCGUUGCUGGCAACAUUUGAUUAUAAGGGACAAUGUAUUGUGUGUCGCUACCUUUUUUCAUGGCGAUUACACCAAAUCAGUAGUGAUUCAGUACAUAGUUGUGGCUAGUUCACGUAGCAAUAGCUAGCAAACCGGCUUGAACAGUUGUGUUGGUUUGCUGGCUACUAGCACAACUUAGCGCUAGCCGUCGCCCUAGAUGAAGAAAUCUUAAAAUAUAGUUCAAUUUCCGGGUCUAUAUUGAGCUAUAUAAGCGAAUUAAUAUGGUACUAGGUUCGGCUGCGUUUACAGUCUGGCUCAUUUCGCUACAUUAGCAAAGUACCAUAGUUGGCAGAUGAUUGCAAUAGCAACGUUUCAUUUUUAGAAUCUCUGUAACUAUGGUAGUGCUUGAAACUCACUAACGCUAUCAAAAAUAUUGUCUUAAGAGAUUAUUAGUAAUCAUAGUUGCAGCAGUACUUAAUUUUAUCCAACUAAGUUGGCUGGUACGAUGUCAGAGGUUCGUACAUUUAAACAGAGAAUAUUGUUUUCAAGCUGAUAAUGAAUCCCGACGUUUGGAAUGGCAACAGAAUCUGCAAUCCGGUCGGACCCGCAAGAGGUGAAGUGGAGUAUUGGUGACAGAUGUCUGGCUCCUCACCCACGAGAGAAGCGUCUUUGCGAGGCCACUGUCCAGCGGCUCGCUGUCACGGAGGACGGGCAGCCGGGGGCCCUGGUGCGGUUUGCCUGCCAUUACGACGAAGACAACGAUGACGAGGAAGAGGAUGGGAUCUUUCCGUUGUCAGAACUCCGGAAGGCUGCGUCUUCUCUGUACGAGAAACCGCUUUUCCACAACAACCAGUCCCUGCCCGGCGCCUCGGUGCCGUACGCGCUCUCUCGCGAUGAUGCGAGCAUUCCGUACACCAUAAACCGGUAUCUGCGGGACUACCAGCGAGAGGGAGCCAAAUUCAUCUACGACAGUUAUGCCCACGGCAGGGGUUGCGUUCUGGGAGAUGACAUGGGCCUUGGAAAGACAAUCCAGGUGAUCGCGUUCCUGGCUGCAGCGCUACACAAAACGGGGACGUGGCAGGACGUUGAGAACAAUGCACCCCAUUUCUUAUUGUCUCAGGUGUCGUCAGAGAAGCGCAAAACCCAGAAGGUGUUCCUCGUCGUGGCCCCCCUCUCAGUGCUGUACAACUGGAAAGACGAGCUGGACACCUGGGGCCACUUCCGCUCCCUCAUCGUGCACGGAGCCCGGAAGGACGAGGAGUUUGCCCGCCUGAGGAGGGCUCGGUGCGAGGUUGCCCUGACAACCUACGAGACACUCCGGCUCUGCCUGGACCAGUUCAACAGCAUCAGCUGGUCCGCGGUCAUCGUGGACGAGGCCCACAAGAUUAAAAACCCCAAUUCCCAGAUCACCCAGGCCAUGAAGGGCAUGAGGUGCAAGGUUCGAGUGGGCCUGACCGGAACCAUCCUGCAGAAUAACCUGGAGGAGCUGUGGUGUGUCAUGGACUGGGCCGUCCCAGGCUGCCUGGGCUCGUUGGGUCAUUUUAAGAACCGGUUUGCCGACCCAAUUGAGCGGGGUCAGAAGCACAGCACCACCAAGCGGAACCUGGCUAUGGGCCGGCGGGCGGUGGAGCUGCUGGCCCGCCGGCUGUCCCGCUGGUUCCUCCGGAGGACCAAAGCCCUCAUCAGUGGCCAGCUCCCACGGAAGGAUGACAGGGUGGUGUACUGCUCUAUGACAGAGUUCCAGGAGGCCGUGUACCGCGCAGUUUUGGACAGCGAGGACGUCACCCUCCUUUUACGCAGCGGAGAGAAGUGUAGCUGCUCCAGCGGCCGCCCGAGGAAGAAGUGCUGCUUCAAGAACAACUCAAAGGGUGUGCCUGUGAGGUUCCUCUACUUCAGUUAUCUGGCCAUACUGAGGAAGCUGUCCAACCACGUGGCUCUACUGCAACCUAAAGGAGGCACCAGCAAAAAGCAGGAGCAGUAUGUGAACGACAUCUGUGAGAAGGUCUUUCAGAAGUUUCCGGACUUCAUGCAGCGGCAGAGGGAGGCAGCGUUCGAGGCGAUGUCAGACCCCGUGUACAGCGGGAAAAUGAAGGUUCUGCAGAAACUCCUGAAGCACUUCGUGCAGAAUAAGGACAAGGUGCUGCUCUUUUCUCUCUCCACCAGGCUGCUGGACAUCCUGGAAAGCCACUGCAUGGCGGAGGGGGUGGAGUUUAGGAGGUUGGACGGGAACACCAAAGCCAAGGAGCGGGUGAAAAUCGUCCGCGAGUUCAACAGCUCUCCGGACAUCAACCUCUGCCUGGUGUCCACCAUGGCCGGUGGACUUGGGCUGAAUUUUGUGGGGGCCAACAUCGUGGUGCUGUUCGACCCCACCUGGAACCCGGCCAAUGACCUGCAAGCCAUCGACAGGGCGUACCGCAUCGGCCAGUGCCGGGACGUGACGGUGUUCCGGCUCAUAUCCCUGGGCAGCGUGGAGGAGGUGAUUUACCUGCGCCAGGUCUACAAACAGCAACUGCAGUCCUCCGUGCUGGGGAAGGAGCACGCCAGGCGCUACUUCGAGGCCGUGCAGGGCUCCGACGGCCACCGGGGGGAGCUGUUCGGGAUCCGCAACCUCUUCCGCCUGCAGACCAGAGGCACCUGCCUCACCCGGCAGAUCCUGGAGAGGGAGGGGCGUGUGGAGGUGGGGGUUAUGACGGCCAGGACGCACGCUACGGCAGAGGAGAGCACACACGAGGAGAGGACAUCAGGAAGUGGACCAUCCGAGCCGGGUGUUGGUGGAGAGGCGGGACAGGGGGCGGAGGCAGGGGUGGGCCCGGGGGCGGGGAAAGCCGUGGGGAUUCUGGACUUCAGCAGCGCCAGCGAGGGGGAGGACGGCGAUGAGGAAGGACGAGGGGGCACCGGGAGGAGGAAGAGGCGUGGAGAGGAGCAGGGCUCCGCCCCCAGCGGCCCCGCCCACCUCAGCCUGUUCCAGCACGGCUUCUCCAAACUCCUCCAGGGGGGAGGGGCCGGCUUGGGGCGGGGCAGGGGGGACGACAGCGACAGCCAGGAGGAGUCCGGGGGACAGAACGAUGACCCUCCCGUAGGACGUCCCGCCAGAGACUCCCGCCAGAGGCAGGACUGGAUUGUUUCAAGCGACUCGGACGGGGACGGGGUUGGGGGAGGAGCGGGAUGUGACCAGAGGGGGCGUCCUGACACCAGGGGGACGCCCCCCUCCUCUUCCUCGGCGGGGCGCGGGAGACGCAAAGAUUGGAGACACAGGGGGGACGCUUCACCGAGCGACGGGUCCGCCGGGCCCCCCCCGAACCGAGCGGGGGGAUCGAAACAGCCCCCCCCGCAGCUCUGCGCACGUCCGGUUCAGGGAGUCGCCCGACAUCCAGGGCUCCACGUCCUCCGAGGACGACCUUCCCGCCAAAAAGCCGCGGCCCAGCCGAGAUUUCACUGCGCUGAAGAGCCGCUGCCGUCCGGGUCCGCCUCCGUCGCCACGGCGACGUCCUGCCGAACAGGCAGCCUCGGGAACCAUCGACAGAUUACUGGGCGGGGUGCGGGAGGUGGCGUACCUGCACUCGAACCAGCGCGUGGUGGGCUCCAGCAAGGCGGAGGACCAAAUCAGCCGCGCCGCCCUUCGGCACGUCUUCCAGCACAGGAAGUACUCGCAGGUCGCGGCCAAUCAGCUCCUGGACAGCAUGGAGGUUCUUUCGGGACAAACACAGCCCCCCUCUCCUCCAGAGCAGAUCGGCGCGGGGGGCCCGAGAGAGGGGGGCGGUGACGGACAGCAUGUGGAGCACCCAGUCACCCACUCCCUGAGGGCGAUCCGGCACACCCAGAACACCACCGUCAUCAUGGGGGAGACGCCCAGCGCCAUCUGCAGGAAGCAGCUGGAGGAAAUGGCGUGCUUUUUCGAGGCCGCGUCGGUGACGGACUUCGCCCGGGACGUGCUGAGGAGCGCGUCGGCACGGCGACAGGCUCGGCUGAGGCAGUUCUACCGCGGCCGGAACCCGGA